CCCCACUCCUGAGAGUUGAUGAAAACCAUCGUUCACCGCACCUCAUCACCAUGUUGCUGCAGUUCCACGGUCUCUUGAACGACGCAUUCGUGUACAAGCCUAAUAGCCAUUCAGGCGGUGCAUCAUAUUUGUAUUACGAGAGAUUUAACAUCAAGACUGGCCGGGGAUGAAUGGAUCUCGCCCACCCGACGGUGCAAACGGAGACGUGGCAGAACAGAAUCGGAAGAAGCUUCUCUUGGAAUUUGGUUCAGUUUUGGACGAGUCUCUCAUUCUCCUGAUUGCCAACGAUAGAGAUAUCGCGGGAGGCUAUGAGGAUAUUAGGGACGUUCUGAACCUGCUGGCCGAAACAGCACGGGCCGAAGCAGCCACUGGUUUCGACCCCUCAGGCCUGAGCACCACAUCGGAGACGGAGGAAUUGCUCCUUGACGAGGCAGCAACCAGCACCAAUGGGGCCGACUCGUCCGCCUGUACGACUACCAUCUCGGAGUUUUCGGACCGCUCUGAGAACCAAAGACUCACUGAGCAGACAAACCUGAGCGAGGAGCAGAAGAUCCAAGAACUCAAGCUCGUUUUCGGAGACGGCUGGGGCGACCACACGAUCCGCUUCAUCCUCAAGCAGAACGAAGGGGAUCUCGAACGCGCCUUCGACGGCCUACUUGAUCGCCAGUUCUUCAAGGAUGAGGGCUCCCUUCCUAAGGGCGUUGAUGGCUUCUUCGUCUCGGACGAGGACUGGCAGUCCCCCAAAGGCAGACGGGGCCGUGCGCGGAAGGGAAACGCGCACGGCAAGAAGCAGGUCGUCGCGAUCAACUACAACGCGGUAUCCUCCGCCGUCAACGAUGCGGAGCUUGAGGGCGCAAAGGACUUUGCCACGGCGGUGAACCCCCGAAUGGCAGGCGCAGGACGGCGCCUCCCACCGCAGACGACCACGGUCCUUCCGCCAUCGCUAGUGAGGACUGAUUUCGGCGCCACCGACCUCCGUGCCGCCGCCGCCCUUCGCAGGAUGGGCCCUCUCGGCCGCCAAGGGGCCGUGGUCUAUACCGACCGCGCCAGGGAGGGAAGGGCCGCCUUCACAGCCCACGCCUCGCGCGAAGCCGAAGCCCACGUUGCCCAGCAGAGCACCACCACCAUGAUUGACCUUCACGGCGUCUUCGUUAUGGACGGAGUGCGGAUCGCCAAGCAGCGGGUGUGGAACUGGUGGAACAACCUCGGCGAGGACCGCAAGGCGCUGGCGAAGCGGAACGGCUUCACUGUCGUUACUGGCGUGGGGAAGCACAGCGUUGGGGGGGUCUCGCGGUUGCGUCAGGCGGUUGGGGCGUACCUCAAGAAUGACGGCUGGAAAAUGGAAACGCUCACCGGCAGUUUCUAUGUCACCGGAAGAACUUGAGGGUUUGCGGGUGGUCCAUGGAUGGUCCAUGCCCAUGUCUCUCUGGGGUGGUCUAGAGGUGUUUGGUGUACUGGAUGAGCGGCUAGCAUUGUUUAAAAUGGGUUGGCUUGAUGGUGACUUGGAGUAGGAAGCACGGAUAUUCGGCGGGUUAUGACGGAUACACUGGAAGAUACCCCAUUUGUUUGGACCAGAUUUACCUGACAACCUUUGGGAGCAAGGUGGACGGCGUGAACAACAAACGGGAUCAGUCGUCACUAGAGCAUAGACUCGAGAUUAGCGGGAUAGAUGUACUGCAUGAGAAUAUUUUGUCGAGUCUUGUCCCCGGAGACAGACAAUAGAUAAUUUUGGAUCAAAUAAACAUUUUGGAAUCUC